UCAAUUUUCAAUUUUCAAAAAAUUGUUGGGGCGUUCGGACGGCGUCGCGCAUUGUCGCAGAAAUUGGUUGGGUUUACGUGUGUUGCAGAGCCAUGAACAAGUAAACAUAUAGGCAAUUGUCGCAUUGCAAAUUAAAUUUUUAUAAGUAUCGCAGAACCGAAACAGCGGUCUACAAGAGAUUUUAACGAAAUGGGUCGGUUUCGAAACCCGUGGAAAACUCGCGUGAAAUACUGAAAAGCCGGUAAAACUGCUGUGGGAAAACUGUUGUGCGAUAACCGGAGCAAGUGUUUUGUAAACGAAAACGGUAGCCAUACGAGCCAUUUAAUACGCAUACAAGCUGACCAACAACCAAUAACCAUUAACCAUUUACCAUCAAGAAAUCGUGAUAACAAAACGGAGGCCGCAAUUUUUUAAUUUUAAACGUCGUGUGUGAUCCUUUGGCAACAACAGCAACAAAAAAAAAAAACGAGUACAAGCAAUUAAGAUGCAUUUAAAGGAUUUACUGUAGUUGAAAAAACAAACAAUACAAGGUCGUUAAGGUCAAACGAUGCAAGUGACAAAAUCAAAAUUGGAGUAAAUAAGAGAAAAUGUUGAGAAAAGGAGAUACAUUCCUUCCCCGCGCCGCGUAAACCAACGGUAAAUCUUUCGAAUUGCGUGUCUGUGUGCGUGCGUGUUUGAGUGUGCGUUUUUUGGUUUUGUUUUCGUCUUCUCCUUGCGUUUUCUCCACCUUCAACUUUCCUAAUUUCUUCUACAAAAUCGAAAAAACGAAAAUUGCAUGAAUAACUAACAUUGGCGCCAAAAGAAGAUGAUGCUUCCAACUUUAAAGGAGCAAUGCGGAGCUGCGGCGGCGCCAAACAAAAUGUGGGGAUAAACCAGCGUCGGAGCCUUCUGGGAUUAUGCUAAAAAUGCUCAAAGUGCGAUAUAAAUUUUUAUGAGUGUACGCGUUGAAUUUUUACGACUGUCUGGGGCGGGGAAAAGAAUUAGAGAAAAUGCUCCAGGGAGGACGAUUUAAAACAAUACAAUAGCUUAAAGUGGCAACGGAAAUUGCAUGCAAGCAGAGGAGGCGUGGCACUGAACGCCCCCCACCGCACGUGACACGCACCGACACAGGAAAACUAAUAGACGCCAUUUUGUAGCGGUAAUUGGCAGGGCUCACGUAAGCAGCGCCAACUCCGUCUUAUAUAAAGAGCACCACCCAGAAAUCGCCAACUAACCACCCACUCACCUCAUCAUGGCCGUUAGCAACAUUGUCUGCGAGUGGCUGAGAGCUCUGGGCCUGGCCCAGUACGCCGAGAGCUUCCUGGACAACGGCUACGACGACCUGGAGAUCUGCAAGCAGGUCGGGGAUCCCGACCUGGACGCCAUCGGCGUCGAGAAUCCUGCCCAUCGACACAAGCUGCUGAAGAGCAUCCGAUCGCUGAGGGAGAAGGGCGCCGCCUCCGUCUACUUCAUGCUCAACGACCCGAACUCGCUGUCCGGCAGCAUGGAGAUCCUCUGCGAAACACCGCCCAGCAACGAACUGGAACUCGUCCUCCGCGAGCAACUCGAAACGGACGGAGUCCGACUCACGGCGCAUCCAUACUCAACACCGCCCUCGAGUUGUUUGUCCGACAAGGAGGAGGACGAGAUCUACGGAUUCGGCUAUGGCGUUUUCGCACCCAGAGUGGCGCGAGGCGGACUGACGCAACAGCAGCAGCUGCUGCAGCAGCAAACGCUGCAGACGCAGCAGAGCAUACAGCAGCAGCAGCAACUGCAACAGCAGCAGCAGCAGCAACAGUUACCAAUUGUGCCAGGUCAACAGCAACAGGCGGGAGCGCAUCAGCACCAGACUCUGCCGCCGAAUGUCGCCCAUCUGAACUUUGUGCAGCAAAACUGCCUGAGUCCACGCUCCGCUUACUUCUAUGAAUUUCCACCGACAGCUGAGGGUCGCGAGACAAAGAAACGCACCACGCUGGCCCGACUGCUGAAAGGCUUGAAGACUGUCAAUCGACGGGAUCGGAACAAUCAGCAAAAUGGCGCCCAGGCCAGGGCGGCCAACGAUCGUCUGCGGCACUUUCAAAUGAUAAACGGCGGCGCCGGCGGACAGCAGCACAGUUUCGAGGAGACAAUCCACAGGCUGAAAGUACAGGAGGCCAUGAGGAAAAAGGAAAAAUUUCAGCGUGAGCACGAAGAGAUCCUGCGUGACAUUCGACAAGGACUGCUGCAAAUGAGUCGCGGAGAAGGACGCAUGGACGAUACGUACAUGUACGACGAGGCGCUGCGGACGGGCGGCGGCAUGGGGAUCGCCGGCCUGGGCAUGCCCAUCGGAGUGGGCGGCGGGGGCGGAGGAGCGGCCCAUUACGCGGUGAGUGCGCUGCACCAUCAAGGUCACUGGUACGACGAGCCGCCCUACGAGAGCGAUCCCGACGACUUUCUCAUGGGCGGGCUCAACUGCGGACCAGCCGCCACAAUUCAGGGUGGCCGUGUGCGCUUCUCGAACAACCGCGAGAGCACGGGCGUAAUUUCAUUAAGAUCCGCCGGAGAUAUUUCGCUGCCGCAACGCGGACCGCCCCGCCGAGGUCUUAUCGUGCCGCAGCAGCCGCCAAAUCCGCCGACAAUAAUACCGUUAACGCACGCCAGAUCUCACGAUCGCGAAAGCGGCGACUACGCGGGCUCCAUCUCAGACCUCCAAAGCGUUACCUCCAGACUCAGUGCGGUGUCGAUCGGCACCAACAACUGCACGGCGCGCUACAGGACACUGAGCGGCGGAGUCGGGGAGUCGCCGUCGCUGUCGCCCAGUCCUUCCUCGGAUUACGAGGACAUCGGCGUGACCCGGGGUCACGGCUGCCUGCCACCCAGCCUGCUGGCCGCGAAGGCCAAAAAGAACGGACUGCCGCACGGCAAGGCGAACACCAUUUGCCAGAAGGCCACGGUGCAUCAUUCGGGCGAGAUGCGUAGCUCGGCGAAGGAAAUUGGCGCAUUUAAUGAGAAUGGACGAAACUUUGUUGCCACAAAGGAUACGUCGAGGGAUUUCAGCAAUUCCCAAGAUAAUACCGACCGUGGCAGCAUGAGCGAUCAGGCGUUUGCCUGUUCGGCCAGCUCCGUGGAAAGUUUGCCCAGCGCUUCCGGUUCGAGCACUCAGGCGCUAGUUCGUCCUGGCAGUCCGCACAGCUCCAUUUCGGCCGAGGAUCGCACCUCGAUGGCCAGCUGCAUCUGCAAGGCCAAGGCCCUCGUGGACAGCCUGCCCAAUCCCUACGACAAGGAGGCCCUCAAAUUCAAGAAGGGCGAGCUCAUCGACGUGCUGUCUAUGAACGCCUCGGGCAUCUGGAAGGGCCGCUGCCACGGCCGCGUGGGCCACUUCAAGUUCAUCAACGUGGAGGUGCUGCCGGAGCAGCGCAUGAAGAACUCGAGCAGCAAGACCCUGGCCCCCGGCUCCCGGCUGGCUAAUCCCGGCAACGGCAGCCACAACGGAGGACCCUGCUCCGUGGAGGACCUGCUGAUCCGCAUCGGCCUGAAGGAGUACACCUCCGUGUUCGUGCUCAACGGCUACGAGGACCUGGAGCUGUUCAAGGAGCUGGAGCCCGCCGACCUGGACUACCUGGGCAUCCUCAACCAGGAGCACCGCGCCAAGCUGCUGACGGCUGUGCAGCUGCUGCACGACAUUGAAUGCUCCGACGUGGACAUAGCCGGAUCCAGCUCCGAAAACGAUGAGGCCCGCCUGAACAACAUAAACAUCAAGCACGGAGCCUCGCCCUUCGGACGGAGGCACUUCCCCCGCGACUCGGGAUGCUACGAGGGAUCCCCGCUGCCCAGCUCGCAGACGCCCACGCAGGCGGUGAACUCGACGGACGAGUCGAACAGCCUGGACGACGUGGUGACCAAGUGCUCCAGCGAGAUCAUGAAGCGCGUGGAGAGCGCCCGCCGCUGCAAGGACAACCCGUUCAAGGCCACCCUGCCCGGCGGCGGGCGGUUGGGCAAGAAGUCCUUUCUCGGCGGCAACGGCCUUAUGGCGGACGAUACGCUCACGCGUGGAGGGCUUAGCGAGAAGUCGAGCGAUUCGGGGGUCAGCAGCAGUUCGCUAUCGUCGGGUCCGCUGAAGAGCAGCACUUAA